ACAUCUCCCACAUCGAACAUGAUACGCUAGCAUUUCUGUUUACCGUUGGCUCCUCCGUCUUGUUCCUUCUUCGUCUUUGUGGAGUGUGUGGACUCCACUGAAAGACAAAAGGCAAAGCAAAAAAAACCUUAAAAGGCUCAUCUUUUAGUUCCCAUUGCAUUCAGUCACUCGGUAUUCAUUCUCAGAGAAAAUCAAGCUCACAACAAUGGCGUCUUCGUCUUCAUCUUCAUCUUCGAUUCUCUUUCUAAUUUCUCUCUCCUUCCUGUUCUUCAUUUCACCUUCUUCCUCCGCCAAAAUCACUCUCUCUCUUUCCCCAUUCCCCCACCAUUCUUCAGAUCCACUCCAAACCAUCACUUCUCUCGCCUCUGCUUCUCUCUCCAGAGCCCAUGCUCUCAAACGCCCCAAAUCCGUCAAUUCAUCUUCGUCUUCUUCGUCUACUGAUUCCAAAUAUCAGACCAAAACCCCUCUCUACCCCCGCAGCUACGGCGGCUACUCCGUCUCGCUCCGAUUCGGCACGCCGCCGCAGAUUCUUCAGUUCGUCAUGGACACCGGCAGCAGCCUCGUCUGGUUCCCCUGCACCUCCCGCUACCUCUGCUCCAAAUGCUCCUUCCCCAACUCACAAAACCCCCCAAAAUUCAUCCCCAAAAAGUCCUCCUCCUCCAAGCUCAUCGGCUGCCAAAAUCCCAAAUGCCAAUUAGUCCUCGGCGCCACCGCAAAAUGCGACGACGCCACCGCCGGAGAAAACCCGAAGAAUAAAGCUUGCCCGGCCUACAUUAUCCAGUACGGCUCUGGAUCAACCAUAGGCCAAUUGCUCUCGGAAACUCUGAAUUUUCCCGGGAAAAUGGUCCCCGAUUUUAUCGUCGGCUGCUCGGUUCUCUCCAUCCGCCAACCCUCCGGCAUCGCCGGGUUCGGCCGGGGAAAGGAGUCGCUGCCGUCGCAGUUGCGCCUCGCCAAAUUCUCCUACUGCCUCGUCUCCCACCGCUUCGACGACACGUCGUUUAGCAGCGACCUCGUUCUGUACUCCUCCUCCUCCGACGACAAACAACCAGAGGGCUCAAUCAGCUACACUCCGUUCCAGAAGAACCCUUCGCUGUCCUCGAUUCCGGCGUUGAAGGAGUACUACUACAUACUUAUCCGAAAAGUGAUCGUCGGAAAAACGCACGUGAAGAUUCCGUACAGGUACUUAGUCCCCGGAUCGGACGGUCACGGAGGGACGAUUGUCGACUCCGGCACGACCUUCACGUACAUGGAGAAGCCGGUGUUCGACGCCGUAUCGUCGGAGUUCGCGAAGCAGAUGGCGAAUUACACGAGAGCGAAGGGGAUAGAGAACCGGACCGGUUUGGGCCCCUGUUUUGAUAUCUCCAAGGAGAAAUCUGUUAAUUUCCCGGAGCUGGUUUUGCAGUUCAAAGGAGGUGCGAAGAUGAAUUUGCCUUUGACUAAUUACUUCUCUAUUGUGGGGAGUCCGGGUUCGGUUUGUUUGACCGUCGUGACGAAUGAUGACGUCGGCGGACCGGAGUCAGUCGGCGGACCGGCCAUUAUUCUGGGGAAUUACCAGCAGCAGAAUUUUCACAUCGAAUAUGAUUUGAAGAACGAGAGGUUUGGAUUUCGUCGACAAAUUUGUAAAUAAGGCACAACGUGAAUGUUAAUGUUUGUGUUUGUGUAUUUAUUUUAAAGAGUUUUGCGAUGAAAAUUUGAAAUAACAGAAGUACAAGAUUGGUCUACAAAUUUAGUGUAGACAGUUUAGUGUUUA